AUGGCAGACAACAAUACACCCGAGAAGACAAACGCGUCCAGCCAGAAUCAGUCCUCAAACUCUUUCCCAAUUGAGAACGGUCCAGGUGACAACGGCCAAGUGGACACCAACCCAUCGCCGCUCAGAAACAACAGCUUCACCCUCGCUGCCACCGAUUCUCGCUCGUCCAACCUGAGAUUCGGUGCCAUAGGUGGUCCAACUACGCCCGUUCGCGCACCUCAGCCUAUAUCUUCCACUCGGCCUGCCUCUCUCGCGUUCCAACAUGUCACCAGUAUUGACAAUCUUGGCGUCGAUGUCGCCAACGAGAGGAACCUCGCGUCAACCCGUCCCGGCCAAUCAUACGUAACCAGCUUGACCUCUUGGCGACGCGGCUCUGGCGAGGCUGCAGCCGCGUCGCCCUCCUACAAACAGGAUUACCAACAAGUUCAGCGCGAAAUUCACGUUGGCACUCCGGACGAAAGCAACGUGAAUGCACUUGCGCCUUAUCUUAGGCGUGAGGAGGAAAUGUUACAGAAUUUUCAGCAGCUCCGACUCCAGCAGCAGCCACCACAGCAGCCCCAACAGGCGCUGCAUAGUCAACCGCCGCCUGGUUUUGGAUCAAUCGAGGGCUUCGACCCCGGUUUCGAUGAUCCUAUGAGAACCGGCGGUCGAUCGAGGGGAUUCCGUCCGAUGAACUCGAAACUCUUUCCGGACGCUGCCAAUAAGCCACUCACCGACGAAGAGAAGGCUUAUCGAGAUGCGCUCGGUAUCUCCCAUAACUACCAAGGAGAGGUUACAAACCCUGCGAAUAUCUCGGCAGAGAUCCCCGACGAGUUGAAUUGCGCAGUGUGGAUCACCGGUCUGCCGCGCGACUGCUCAUACAAGGACCUCUUGGGGACUAUCGCUAUGCAUCGCCCAGGCAAGGUGUAUGCAAGCUUCAUCUCGCCUCCGAAGCCCGGCCCCGGUCACCUCCUAAGCCACAACACCUCGGCCGCAAAGAUCAUCUUCUACAAGCCCGCCGAAGCCCGGAACCUGCUGAGAGUUGCCGGCGAGGGAAGACUUAUCGUGCGGAACCGCAGGGCGCGCGCCGUGCCAAACCGCAUCAAGACGGGGGAGCAUAGUCACAAGAGGGGAACCUCGCGCUGCAUCGUCAUCAAGGGCCCUGCAACAAUCGUGAACGAGCCGAGUCUGUAUCAGUCCUUCGAUGCGAGGUUCCAGUUCCAUACGGAAGAGGUGUUGUUCCUUGAACCGAAAAUGGAACCCGAGGGCUUGAUGCACCAGAUCGAGUGGCGUUUCAGUUCGCAUCGGGCGCAGGCUGAGUCGGCUCACAAGCUCAUCACGCUCGAGUGCCCCGGCGUUGAGGUCAUAUACGCCCCCGAUCCUUGUGCACCCAUAGAUACGUCCCCGGUCCCUGCACCCGUAGACCAAGGACUCUUAGGGUUGGACAUAGGUCAAGGGCUCUGA